AUUCACAGAGGAUUAUACGCACGUUUCGUUCGUAACUGAUUCUCAAAAACGCCGCGUGACUCUUUUCACGCAGCUAGAUAUUCUCUGUGGGAGGGUUCUGCUCAACUCAGAGAAGGUAUUACCGAGAAUCAUGUCAACAAACUCACACAGUAUGUAACACGUCACGUAUGUUCAAUGGAAAUUUCUUGACAGGACGUUACAUAGCUCAAGGACAGCGAUGUACAGCGACCACUAACUUCAACACGACUUUACUGCAGCUAUUCUGCGAGAAGAGUAGAGUCAAUGUCAUCUGAGCUCUGACCCCUGGACCCUCCACCCUAGACCCUACUUUAUGAUCUGUGGCGAGGCCAUGUCCGCUGUCAAUAUCACCAGAGAUAUCCUGCACAGACAGAUCAAGGACAAGAGAGCGUUGGGCUUCCAAAGGUUCUAUCAUGUGACUGACCCCUUCAUCAAGAGGCUUGGACUGGAGGCUGAGCUUCAGGGCCACACUGGCUGUGUGAAUUGCCUGGAAUGGAAUGAACGUGGAGACCUACUGGCCUCAGGCUCAGAUGAUCAGCAUGCCAUCAUCUGGGAUCCAUGUAAGCACAAGAAGCUUACCACGAUGCACACGGGGCACGCAGCAAACAUAUUCUCUGUGAAGUUCCUCCCUCACUCCGGCGACAGAAUUUUGGUGACGGGGGCAGCAGACACAAAGGUCCACGUGCACGACCUAACAGUGAAGGAAACAAUCCACAUGUUCUCUGAUCACACCAACCGAGUUAAACGCAUUGCAACAGCACCCAUGUGGCCCAAUACCUUCUGGAGUGCUGCAGAGGAUGGCAUCAUCAGGCAGUAUGACUUGAGAGAGAGCAGUAAACGCUCUGAGGUUCUGAUUGACUUGACUGAAUUCUGUGGUCAGCUGGUUGAAGCAAAGUGUCUAGCUGUCAACCCGCGGGACAACAACUACCUGGCAGUGGGUGCCAAUGGGCCCUUUGUACGGCUCUAUGACAUCCGCAUGAUCCACAACUACAGGAAGUCUAUGAGUCAGAGCACAUCAGCAGCAGUGCACACAUUUUGUGAAAGGCAGAAGCCCAUCCCAGAUGGAGCUGGGCAGUAUUAUGUUGCAGGGCACCUGCCAGUGAAAGUCCCAGACUACAAUAACCGCCUGAGGGUCUUAGUGGCCACCUAUGUCACUUUCAGUCCUGAUGGCACUGAGCUGUUAGUUAACAUGGGCGGAGAACAGGUGUAUCUAUUUGACUUGACAUUCAAACAGAGGCCAUACACCUUCUUACUUCCAAAAAAGUGCCAGUCAUCAACAGAUGUGCAGAAUGGAAAGACAACCAAUGGAGUAUCAAAUGGAAUCCACUUACCAACCAGCCAUCUUCGAUUAGCAGAAAGCAAGAUCUGCUCUGGUUCUGGAGAGCUUCCCCCUCAUUUGGAGAGGAUAAAGCAACAGGCUAAUGAUGCGUUUGCAAGGCAACAGUGGACACAAGCCAUCCAGCUCUACAGUUUAGGCAUUCAUCAAGCCAGCCGCAAUGCCAUGCUGUAUGGGAACCGGGCCGCAGCCUACAUGAAGCGCAAGUGGGAUGGUGACCAUUAUGAUGCCCUCAGGGACUGUCUGAAGGCUCUGACUCUCAACCCUGGCCACCUGAAGGCUCACUUCAGGCUGGCACGGUGUUUAUUUGAGCUGAAGUAUGUGGCUGAAGCUCUCGAGUGUCUUGACGACUUCAAAGGGAAGUUCCCAGAGCAGGCCCACAGUAGUGCCUGUGAUGCCUUGGAUAAAGACAUCAAGGCUGCUCUCUUCUCCAAGACAGAAUCAGCAGAAGAUAAGAAGUCUAAUAGCUCCAUUCGAUUCCACUCCUUCAGCCGGAAGGAGUCCAUCCCAGAAGAUGAGAUAGUGUUGAGAGAGCGUAGCUUUGACUACAAGCAUCGUUAUUGUGGUCACUGCAACACCACCACUGACAUCAAAGAGGCCAACUUCUUUGGAAGCAAAGGCCAGUACAUAGUCAGUGGCUCAGACGAUGGCUCCUUCUUCAUCUGGGAAAAGGAGACGACUAAUCUGGUGAGGAUUCUGCAGGGAGAUGAAUCCAUAGUCAACUGCCUGCAGCCCCACCCGAGCUACUGCUUCCUGGCUACCAGUGGGAUUGACCCUGUGGUGCGACUUUGGAAUCCCAGACCAGAGACAGAGACAGAGAACGGGCGUGUGGUUGAGGACAUGGAGGGUGCUGCUCAGGCCAACCAGCGGCGCAUGAACGCUGAUCCCCUGGAGGUAAUGCUGCUCAACAUGGGCUACCGCAUCACAGGCCUGCGUGGUGUUGGCCCGGAGGGCUCGGAUGACGAGGAUAGCUCAGAGGGACAAGUACAAUGUCGGCCAAGCUAAAAAAUAUGCCCUCAGACUUUAUAGAACGGAGGUAGGAAGCAAAGCACUCUCCCAACUCCCCACAUGUGUAUGUGUGUGUAUAUGUAUGUAUGUGUGUGUGUGUGUGUGUGUGUGUGUGUGUGUGUAUGUGUGUGUGUGCACGUGCGAGCAUGGCGGGGAAAGCACCAUAGAUAUUCUGUUUCAGCGUUAAUUCCCCCCAUAACUGAAAGAAACACUGAUUGAGUGAAUGUCCUGUCACAUCUCUGCACUAUGCACCACCCUCCCCUAUCCGAAGAGAGGAUUGGCGGAGGCCACUUUGGGGAGAGGAAUCCAUUGGGGGCGAAGGAGAUGCGCCUCCCGCCCCAUCAAAACACCGGCAACACCUCAGCCUCUCCCUCUGCCCUGUGUGGCUGGAGUACACCUUUGAGGAGAGCACCUUCCUCCUCACUCCACAAUUUCUCACGAACAAGGAGGAGUCAAGCACUUAUCCCUCUUCAGGUUUGUGUUGGAGAGACACAUUAUGCGUAGAAGGAAAAGCCCGUGGCUCGGUGACCUAUUUUCAGGUCAAAGUGGCCCCACAGUCACAGUUUCCUCCAAGGAGGAUCAGAUCACAGAUCAGAAGACGGUGCUUGGUCGCAUCUCUUUUCUGCUCGACUUUUGGCGCUUAAGAAUCACAGUGCGCGCUCAUCUCAGAAAGGCUGCACACCCAAGUCAUUGAGUCUGAGUUAAACUUGAUCAUAUUUUCAGUUGGAAUUUUGGUCGCCGGAAGAGUUCACAGGAAGCCUAGCAUUAAGCAUAGCUCUUGAAUCCUUGAAAGUUUCAAGUGUUACUCAAAUGAAAUGAACUGUUUGUUUAACAAGAUUGUGGCUUUGUUUUGUUUUUUUUAAAAUGCUGUCUGACAAAACAAGUGGGUUCUUCUGUUUAAGGUUUUCAUCUUCUGUAAUUUAAGUGGCCAAGGAUUAAUGCUGCAUUUGUUGUCUCUGUUUAAUGGAAACAUACUUUGGCAUUCUAUACUUUUUUUUAGAUAAGCGGAUUGAGUUUUACUGUUAUAGUGCAAGA